UCAGUAUACCAAAUGCUUCAUUCUCUCAAAUGAACAUGCUGACCAACCUUAGUCUCUAUAAUUGCUCCAUACAUAUUUUGGACGCGAAUGCCUUCGAAGGGUUAACAAAUAUAGAACAUUUAGACAUUGGACAGAAUUGGAUAAAAGAAUUACCAGUCGACAUAUUUUCAAGUACGUCCAAAUUAUACAAUCUUACACAUGUAAAGUUGGGUUCGAACAACAUUACUCAUUUCUCAUUCGAUUUGUUCGUGAAAUGCGUAGCCUUGACAUUUGUAGACCUCCAGAUGAAUCAAAUCGAACACGUACACGGAAGUAUUAAGGACACUCGGCUCGAAUUCAUAUAUUUCAAUGGCAAUGUUAUUCGAUCAUUUCCAGCUAAUAUGUUUUAUUCUAAUGACACAGAUAUUCUUGUGCUCAGCGAUAAUCAUAUCUCAAUCAUUCAUCCUGAUUAUUUGUUAAUGCCAAACCUAAAGCUUCUGGGAUUAGAUCGGAACAACUUAACAAUUCUGGGGAACUUCACAUUUCAUCAUCUUGGAAAGCUGAAACGUUUAUUCGUAAGGAACAAUAAAAUCGCAGAACUUGGUGCACUGGCAUUUGAAGGUCUUGAACAAUUGGAAUAUCUUUUCCUGGACAACAACAAAGUCAACAAGGUUCCGUCUGGAAUAUUCAAAAAGGUAAAACAUUUAAAAACGUUGUCACUAAGACAAAAUUAUAUCCUUAACUUAGAUGGAACAAUGCUUGAGGGUCUUAACUCGUUGGAUACUAUUGAAUUAGACAAUAACAUGAUUCAAACUAUUGAAACAUAUACAUUCCAGCACUUUAAAUCUCUUCGUAUUGUUUCACUUCAGUCAAACCACAUAACUACUAUACCAUAUGGUAUAUUUGGACAUUUGCGUCAUUCAUUAGGAUGGAUAGAUCUUAAAGGGAACAACCUAAGUGCACUACCAGCAGAUUUGUUCACAGGAUUCUUUAAGUUACGUUAUCUCGUCAUUUCCCAUAACAAUCUUGUCAAUCUAUCUAUGAAACUAGUCGACGGUUGUACAAAUCUACAACUCCUAGAUUUAAGUUACAAUCAGAUCAAAGACUUCAAUGUUUCGUUGAAAUCAAACAAGAAGUUAAGUCAUUUAUACGUCGCAAAUAAUCAACUUAAGAACGCAUGGAAUAUCUUUGAACAUAUGCAUCUUGUACCAUCACUUAUACAUUUAGACCUAUCAGUAAACAAUAUGACUUCAUUUGGAUCAAUUCCACGAGUAUUGACAGGUAUUCCGUCUUUUCUUCGUAGUGUAAAUAUAAGUCAUAAUCGUAUCACCGAUGUUCCAGAAAAUCAAUUUUAUCUAUCAAGAUGGUUGCAAGAACUGGAUAUGUCGGCUAACAGAAUACAAACAAUAAAAGAGCCAACGUUCAUAUCCAAGGAUCAUCCAGGAGAUAUUAUCUAUCAUGUUGGUACAGAAAAUCCGUUUGUAUGUGAUUGUUUCAUGAGAUGGGCAAGAAACGCACUUAAUGAGUCUCUGUGCACAGUUCCAAUUCUGAGUGAUGGGACGGCAAAGAGGAUGAAAGAUGUGCCAGCUCGUCUAUAUCUUUGUCAAAUAAAAAUGAAAUGCCCGGAAAAAUGUGAGUGCUUUGCUGAUACAGUAAAAGAGCCGUACAUUUGGAUACAUAUAAAAUGUUCCAACAAAGAACUCGAGUACAUACCCUUUGAAAUUCCAAAUACAACUAACGUACUAGAUGUAUCUCAUAAUAACAUUAAUCAAUUGGAUUCGGCAACAUUUCAUAAUGCUAGUUGUCCUAUAUUGCAGAUUUUGGACUUGUCUAGCUGUCAAAUCACAGCACUCCUUGGGAAUGACAUUUUCAAUGGAUUUGUUCAAUUAACAAUAUUGAACCUAAGUAAUAAUCUCAUAGUGCAACUAAACGGUGAACCGUUUAAAAACCUAUUUUUGUUGAAUGAACUUUACAUUUCCAAAAACUCUAUCAAAACGAUCGAAGACAAUGUAUUUACUGGCCUCAAAACACUGUCUUCCCUUGAUCUUGAAGGCAAUCGUCUUCAGAAUGUAAAUCUUACGAUUUUUGAAUCACUGGAUCUGAUGUUAAUUAAUGGAAACCCGUUACUUAAGGUACUUGGAGGUGGCCCCCUAAAUGUUCAAGACCAAUGGGAAUCAAAAUGGUAUAUUUUGCUGUCUAAUAAUCCAUGGGACUGCUGUACGGCUUUAUCAUUAAAGAGAUGGUUAAACUCUCACCAAUCAAUCAUACCCAAUUUGGUAGACAUUCACUGCAUGCGAGACAAUUUGACCGAGUUGGUUCCUUUAUUCGAAAUCAGUGAUUCGAACUUAACAUGCAUUCCAGAGCCGCCAAUACCAUUCCAGCAGACUUCGUACUUCCAUGCAAUUAUAGGAGUACUUGUUGUUGUAUCUCUCAUCCUUACAACUGCAUUACUUUUUAAACGAUUUGAAUCACUUAUAAAACUAAAGUUCUUUAUCUGGUUUGGUUGGCGAUUCGACAGGAUAGACAACAGUAAUAAACAAUAUGACGCAUUAUUGUCAUACAGUGGGCUCAAUGGUGAUUGGGUGCGUGAUGAAUUGCUGAUAAAACUUGAGGAAGCUGGGUAUAAGCUCUGUUUACACGAACGUGACUUCAGAGCUGGGGAACCUAUCAUGGACAACAUAAAUAAUGCCAUAGACAACAGCAAAAGGACAAUUAUUGUUCUGUCGAAUGAGUUUCUACAAAGUGGAUACGCGUUAUAUGAGUUUUUAAGGUCAUACGAUGAUUGGGUCAGAGGUGAACGAGAUCCUGUCAUCUUAGUGCUGUAUGAUUCGCUGGAUACUUUAGACGAAGAUGACUUAGCAAAACAUCCUUCUUUAAAGUUGUAUUUAUCUACAAGAACAUAUCUUGCGAGAAAUAAUAAAUAUUUCUGGGAAAAUAUUAUUCUCGCAAUGCCCCGGCGACGAAGGCAACGAGAUCCAGACAAUAAUGGUAACGAUGGUUUGAUGCUGGCUUGAAAACUGAGUCUUUAUCUAGUUUGGUUGGCGAUUUGUAUUGGGUUCGAAUUGACAAUCCGAUACUAAAAUAAAUGGCGCCUCAUCUUACCUAGACUGGCUAGUAUGUUGUUCCAUAAUCAGAUCUAUAAUUAUAUUGUAGUUUUUUCUUUAAUUAACGCUUAUAUCUUGUUUUACUGACGGAACCGUCGUACUUCAAUCCUACUAGACGUUUUAACAACGAGUUGAACUGUCUGAGGACGUGUUGAGAACGAGGUAGAACUAAUUGCAAACGGGUUUAAACUGAUUAAGAACGUAUUU